UUGGUGGUAAUUGACGUGAAAGGUUCGUUCGAAAACAGGACUGAUCGCUAUUGUGCAGUGUAGGGGGUACACGUGACACGUAUGCUCGCAAACGUGUAAAGAAGAAGGUGGACUGAUCUCACAAUCGGUCACGAGAAAUCCUUGGCACCUGGCCAUGCGAACUAUUACGGUAGCAACAACGCCUCCGCGAUAAUAAUAUAAUAAUGGGCGUCACGUGGCGACAUACAUAAAUACAAAUUCAACGAUUUACCGCCUUUUAAACUGCCGCGUCGCGUCGCACAUCGUGCGGCGGUUGUUCGGACGCCACGGAAAUAUCUUUCAUCAGUCGGUUUGAAAGAAAGUAUAGCCGAGACACGAUGCAGCUGUAGGUCGAGAAGUUAACGGGAGACCCAAACCGAUAUAAUAUUUCUCUGCGAUAAUUUGCACGAUUAGCAGAUAUAGAGGGAUUAGAGCGAGCACUCUAAUGAACGAUGUACAAAGAAGCUACCGUGGGACAUGAUCCACAAACGAGCAACGGGAAUCAGUCGCAACAGCAGUUGCAAGGCGGUGGAUGGAAUGGAAUUCCUGAAGCGACGCUGGUCUCGCGAUCGAUCCGGAGCAACGGCAGCAGCAACGGCUGGAACCACGUCGUCACCACCUCGCCGUUUCAACAGCAACAGCAACAGCAACAGCUACACGAACGGAAACAGAAAGAAGUUAAAUCUGGGGACCUGGGAGAUGAUGAAGACGGGGGUGGAGGGGGUGGAGGGUUGGAGGGGGCGGACCCAGAGGAGAACAACUCUGUUCACCUCAAGAGACGGGUGGGACUCGUCAGUGGGGUGGCUCUAAUCGUUGGUACCAUGAUAGGUUCCGGGAUAUUCGUUUCGCCGUCAGGGCUUCUGGUUCGAACCGGCAGUAUCGGAAUCAGCUUCCUCGUAUGGACGGCCUGCGGCAUGUUGAGUCUGUGCGGUGCGUUAGCAUACGCUGAGCUGGGUACGAUGAACACGAGCAGCGGCGCCGAGUACGCAUACUUCAUGGACGCGUUCGGCGCACCACCUGCCUUCCUCUUCUCGUGGGUCUCCACAUUGGUCUUGAAACCAUCUCAGAUGGCGAUAAUAUGUCUCUCGUUUGCGCAGUACGCGGUCGAGGCCUUCGCGGCCGACUGCGAUCCACCCGAGGAAGUCGUCAAGAUCGUAGCACUUCUGGCCAUCAUACUUAUACUGCUGGUAAACUGUUACAGCGUCAAUCUGGCGACAGGUGUGCAAAACGCGUUUACCGCAGCCAAAUUGAUUGCCAUACUCGUUGUAAUUGCCGGCGGCUCUUACAAGUUGAUACAGGGUAAUACGCAGCAUCUCAAGGGCGCUUUCGACACGAUGGACGGCAGUACCGUUAAUAUAGGCAGAUUAGCCACAGCUUUUUACACCGGUCUAUGGGCAUACGACGGAUGGAACAACCUCAAUUACGUUACCGAAGAAAUCAAAGAUCCUUCGAAAAAUCUGCCCCGCUCCAUUAUGAUCGGCAUACCCCUUGUUACACUCUGUUACGCGUUAAUAAACGUCUCUUAUUUAGCCGUCAUGUCACCCUCGGAAAUGAUCGAAAGCGAAGCCGUCGCAGUGACCUUCGGAAAUCGGAUUCUUGGCGUUAUGGCAUGGCUCAUGCCGCUCUCGGUUGCCAUCAGCACGUUUGGUUCCGCAAAUGGUACUCUCUUUGCAGCAGGUAGACUUUGUUUCGCCGCGUCCCGAGAAGGCCACUUACUCGACUGUCUCAGUUACGUGCACGUGCGGCGCUUCACUCCUGCACCAGGACUUAUUUUUCACUCCCUCGUUGCAGGAGCGAUGGUACUAUCGGGAAACAUAGAUUCUUUGAUCGAUUUCUUUUCCUUUACCGCUUGGAUAUUCUACGGCGGAGCAAUGCUAGCUCUAUUGGUGAUGCGAAGGACCAGACCAAAUCAUCCACGGCCAUAUAAAUGUCCGCUGAUAAUACCCAUCCUUGUGCUCGUAAUCUCUGCGUACCUAAUUGUAGCACCAAUCAUCGACAAACCUCAAAUCGAAUAUUUGUACGCGGCUGGAUUCAUAUUAGCGGGCAUGCUCGUCUACCUCCCGUUUGUUAAAUAUGGAUAUGUGCCCAAAUUUAUGGAAGGAGUGAAUGCCUUCCUUCAAAUGUUGCUCGAGGUGGCACCAACGGCUGUGGCCUUUGAUUGACCUCGAUCGAAUGCAAAACCAUGGUCCUUUAAAUGCCAAAUCAUUCCCUUACGGCAUGAUGAACAUUACAUGAAUAUCUAUUUUAAAUAUGCAUAGGCAAAUAUAUGUAUCCUAUUACUGAAGCUCAAGGCUGG